CCGGUAGAGCACAGAGGAGGGACGAGUGAGGGAGCAGCUGAAUCUUUCCUCUCUUACUCUGCGGGCGGUCGUCAAGACACCAUGAUGGGAUUUCCGCCUCUUUCGACUGACGCUGGUGGACCCUGAAUAGGUGCUGACCUUCAAUUGGAAAAUUCUGACACUAUCACCAUGGAAACCUCCCCAAAUGUUUCUAAACGCAGGAAGGAUGUCGUCCAAUCAGAAUCCCCGAUUCCAGGGGAGGCAGAGCUUGCAGUUGCCCUCGCCAACACAGACCCAAACGCCAACUUGGGGGUGGAGCCCAACUUCAACCUCAACUUCAAUCUGGCUUCGCCGAGAAACCCCCGCUCAGCCACAAAGACCUUGAAGCUGCAUGGCGGGAACAAAAAGGACGACGGGAAUAAAGGAGGUGGGAAACCUGGGGCAGAAGGGGCAGUUACUACGGAAACCGGCAAGUCAGCAAGCAUCCUAACAACCACUGUGGAGAAAGAUGAUUUAUCGCGGCAAAAAAGCAAAAUUCCAUCCUUGUCUCGCUCGCCAACAGCCGAGGCGUCCGUGAACAGCAGAGGGGAGCAAAGGCUGAAAUCCCCAAACCCCAAACAUACUCCUACCCUCAUCCCCAAGACGCACACACACAGCAACGUGGCGGCAAAUCCAAAACCCCACCGGGUGGAACAAACGACAAUUGCUAGCAGCCCAAGAACGACUGAAAGAGUCAAAACACAAGUACCGAGAGUGGAAUCUGCAAGCGUCGCAAACCCCAAACGACAUAUUGCACUGACAACUGAACUGACAAAGAAGACCACAAACAAAAUAACAGUUAGCCUAAAAAUGCAAAGAAACAGGAGGGAAGACGAUGGAAAAGAAAUUAGCCUUGAGACACAGUCCCCAAAAAUGCUUCACCUUCCCGUAAGCCCGAGUGUCCCCAAUCAGAAAGGAGAUUCAAAUGUUAUCAGUCCAAAACUGGCCAAUCGAACCCCAACAAUGACAGCCAAAACCCAAAAACCAGACCCAUCAAGCAUGACUACAAAGUCAAAUGAGCAGACCAGACAUGACUCAAGAACUCCCAGUUCUGAGACGCCCACUGUAGGAUCAAAAUCGCAAAAUGAGAGGGCUGAAAUGGCACUGCUCAGUACCAAGACCCCUCAACUGAGUUCUCGAAGUCCCAAACCAUCCACACAUAGGGAAACUUCUGGGACUAGAAACAGUAACGCACCAGGGUCCAAGGAGAAUCUUGAUAGUAAAGAUUCAAGUGUUGGUUCUGGAUCCAAAACCAGUUCCAAAUCCAGUUCAAAUUCUAAAGCCACAACCAAGGACAGUCUGGAUUCUAAAACUGGCUCUGAUUCCAAAGCCAGUCCCAACUACAAAACUGCAAUGGGGUCCAAAGAUAGCCUGGAUUCUAAAAGUGAUUCUGCUUCCAAAACCAGUUGGGGAUCAAAGGACAGCUUAGACUCUAAAACUGGGUCCAAUUCCAAAGCCAGUCCCAAUUGUAAGUCCAGGAUGGGUUCCGGAGAUAGCCUUGAUUCUGCAACUGAAAUCAAAGCAAGCAAAACCGGCCUAGAUUCAAAGACAGUAGUGGGUUCUAAAUCUGGCAUGGGGUCAAAGGACGACUUGGAUCCCAAAACUGGCCUGUCUGGGUCCAAAGACGACAACCUCAAGGCCACAAGCUCCAGUGCUAAACCCAGUCCAGAUCCUAAAGCUGCUUCAGAUUCUUCUAAGCCUGGACCAGUUCGGUCUAGUUCAAAGUCAGCUCUGGCAGAUUUGUCUUCCUCCUUGACGCUCUCUCCCAGACCUGGGUCAGCAAGUAGAAGUCCUGGGUCUGGUCCUGGCAAAAGUCUUGGUUCUAGUCCGGCUGGACCAAACAGGGAGGUCCAGAGGAGUCCUGGUUCUGCUCCAGGCCUGCUGGCUCCUCUGGCCACCUCCAGCCCCAAAACCAGAACUACUGUUGCCUUGACAAUGCGGGGAGGAUACGCACCAGAGCCUGCAGCAGUUGAUUCUGUUGCUGUGGAAACGAACCCCAGCAUCACUCCACAUAUUGCCAGUCUAACUCAGGGUGUCACUAGGGUGUCAGGUGACUCUGUCACCAAGUCAUCGGCGAAAACAGGUGCUGCCGACGAGGAGGAACAUUUGAAACCGCCGGAGACCAAAGUGACAGCUGUAGGAGGACUGGUGGUAUCCCGGGGGGCUGUGCGAGGGGUAGAUGUGACUGACAAUGCAGGGUGGUCGCCAGGAGAUAGGAGGAUGCCAAGAACCCCACUGAGCAAACCAAGUCAGCUGGGAAACGCAAAUGCCAUCACCACUGCUAGCAACCUCCCAUUGUCAAGGGCAACGGAUAUAGAGAGUACAAAGGAGAGGGGUAAACAGAAAGAUGGUCUAGGGAGUUCUUCUUCUCUCUCUACCUCAUCUCCCCUCAAUCCUCUUCCUCAUCCAGCGAGCUCCAAGAGAGUAAGAGAGACAGCGACCAUGACCGACCCCAGUGAGAGGCUCCAUCUGCGGGGAGGGGAGCGGAGAGAGGUGGGCGUCCAAGUGGAGGUGGAGGUGGUCGAACGCUCGGCUUCCACCAGCUCCAGCCUGCACAGAGGAGCUCCCACCUCAUCUCUGAUUGGCUCUCCCAGUUGUCAGUUAGGUAGUUUGACCUCGCAGACGGUCCCGUCACUGUGCUGCGUCCCCGCUGGCCAGCCGCCUUUCCAGCAUGUCUGCAAGAUAGACAUCGAGUUACGCAGCCAAACGGUGCUUCCCUCUGUCGUGACUGACAGGGCUAGUUCCCUUCCCGCCUCUCUGCGUACAUACAGCUUCCAGCAGAGCCCCGCCCUAAUGUCAGAGCUACGACUCGGACAAAAUCAAGACAGAGACGUGAGCGCUGAGAGCAUCUGGGAGGACGAGGAGGAAGAGGAUGACAAAGUAGCAAGGGACCAAAACGAGGAGAAAGAGGAAAGGGAAGAGCCGGUGAAACCACAGGAGGUGGCGUGGGACAAACAGGGGAUGACGUGGGAGGUGUACGGCGCCUCGGUCGACCUGGAGUGCCUGGGCACGGCGAUUCAGUCCCACCUGGAGUCAAAGAUUCAGGAGCAGGAGAAACACAUCCUGACUCUGAGGAAGUCCAUCUGCUCCAACAGCAGCUUCAGAGGGUACAAGAUGAAGAAGAGGAAGAAGACAAGAGGAGGGAUUCUGGGAUGCUGCAGGAAGGCGCCCGCUGUGGCAGACUGAGACUAGUCCAGAGAGUUAAAAUCCUACUUACACCAGACUUUAAAACGCAUCUGUAUGGAGAUAGGGCACAUCUAACUGUUUACAGCACUUACCUCUUCAUAUGUGUAGUUUAACACUUGAUGUCUGACAGGUCUGCAUGUAUUUCACCAGAGGUUUGGGGUCAAAGGUCAGGUUGUUUGUCUGAUUUAAAAUGUAAUUAUUUCAAACAGAAUUUAAUGGUGACUGUUAUAUUUUUAGGUUGAUUGUCAUCAUUAUUCUUUGUUUUUAAAGGGUCUGACAGGAUCAAAUGUGGAAGACGUUUGUCAACGACAGAGCACCAUUUAUUCUCUAUAAUUAAAGUAAAAACAUUAAAAUUACCAAGUUGGUGUUGCAAGUUUUCAUGCGACAACAGCAUAAGACACAUUGUGUGAGAUUCUUAUAGAUUUUUUUCAUAAACGGGGUUAGCAGCUGCUAUUACUAAUAUUUUUUAAUGGA